CUCUGUUUGAGGCUCGGCUGCGGAUCGGAUCGGAGCACGAGCCUGGAGACGUUGACCGGACGCUGACAUGGAGAAAGAAGCCAGACCGAGCUGGGACAACCCCUUACAGUUCGUCCUGGCGUGUGUGUCCUAUGCAGUGGGACUGGGGAACGUGUGGCGGUUUCCAUACCUGUGUCAAAUGCACGGCGGAGGGGGAUUCUUGAUUCCAUAUUUCAUCAUGCUAAUACUGGAGGGAAUCCCCUUAUUCUACUUGGAGCUUGCCGUUGGUCAGAAGAUGAGGCUUGGCAGCAUCGGGGCGUGGACUGCCAUCAGCCCUUAUCUGGGAGGAGUCGGUCUUGCUAGUGUCGUGACAUCUCUGUAUCUGUGUCUCUAUUACAACGUCAUCAAUGCCUGGAGUUUCUGGUACCUCUUUCAUUCAUUUCAAUCAGUGCUGCCCUGGGCAGACUGCCCCAUCAACUCCAACAGGACAGGAUUCUUAGAGGAGUGUGAAACGGCUACAUCGACCCAGUACUUCUUCUACAGGCAAACACUGGACAUCUCUUCUUCUAUUGAAGAGAACGGAGGCAUUCAUACAGGCCAGGCACUGUGCCUCCUGCUCGCCUGGGGGAUCACCUACAUGUUCAUUGUCCGAGGAGUAAAGUCAACUGGAAAGGUGGUGUACUUCACAUCCACAUUUCCAUACGUAGUGCUCUUCAUCUACCUGAUCCGGGGCGUCACUCUUCAUGGUGCCAUCAAUGGUGUCAUAUACAUGUUCACACCCAAGAUGGAACAGCUUGCCAACCCCACUACCUGGAUCAAUGCAGCCACUCAGAUCUUUUUCUCUCUGGGUUUGGGUUUCGGGACGCUCAUAGCUUUUGCCAGCUACAACCAGUACAACAACAACUUUGAGCGCCAGGCCAUCGUUGUUUCCCUCAUCAACAGUGGAACCUCCAUCUUUGCCAGCAUCGUCACCUUUGCUAUCUAUGGGUUCAAGGCCACUGUCAACUACGAGAACUGCCUGGAGAGGACACGCUUACUACUGCUGAACACCUUUAGUCUAGCAGAGGACAGUAUCACCGUGGACAGUCUCUCCAACUGGAUUGACAGGCUGAACACAACGUACCCAGAGCAGUUUGCUGAACUCACCAACAAACUGGAAGACUGUAACCUGGAAACAGAACUAGACACUGCGGUGGAGGGGACGGGUCUGGCCUUCAUCGUGUACAGCGAGGCCAUAAAGAACAUGCCACUGUCCCAGCUGUGGUCAGUGCUCUACUUCUUCAUGCUCCUGCUGUUGGGAAUGGGCAGCAUGCUGGGGAAUGUCACGGCAAUUAUCACCCCGCUGCGAGACUUCAAGCUGGUGUCCAACAUGAGCAACGAGCUGCUCAACGGCUUAGUGUGUGUGUUUUGUCUGCUGCUCGGCCUGGGCUUCACCACCACCUCAGGGAAUUACUGGUUCACCAUGUUCAACGACUACGGCGCCAAUUUCUCCCUGCUGUUCAUCGUCCUCAUCGAGGUCAUAUCUGUCAGUUACAUCUACGGAAUCAAAAGGUUUGAAAAAGACAUAGAAGACAUGCUGGGUUAUCGUCCCAACUGGUACUGGAAGAUCACAUGGGUCUUGAUCAGUCCUCUUCUCCUCAUCACCCUCUUCAUCGUCUACAUAGUCAACUACAUCCAGGGAGGGACACCCACCUACCAGGCAUGGAACAAAGAGCUGGGUAGGUCAGUGGUGACGGAGUAUCCUGUCUUUGCUCAAGUGUUCAUCGGGCUGCUGCUGGUGUCGUCGGUCAGCUGUGUUCCCCUCACAGCUCUGUAUGUCUACUGCAGGCAGAGGAAAGAUGGAGGGCUUCACAGGAGCCAGCCAACCACCAGCACACUUUCUACUCAGUGACCAGACGGCCAUGCAGCUUCCUGCCUACAGACCUCCACUUCUCUGUCAGCAGCUGAACACAGCAACACCGCAUCAGUAAUUUGUGUCUGGUAAUUACUAGGGGUGGGGGAAAAAAUCGAUACAGCAUAGUAUUGCGAUAUUUUUCGUGGAAAUACUGUAUCG